GUCCAGGGUCUUYGCUGCAGACAGGUAGCGGAAAAAGGGAACUUUCUGCCGAUGCAGCAACCUGAGAUCUACCCAAUCCAGAAGCUAAAGAUGGAAGUGUUUGUGUGCCAAAGGUGUGGACGAGAGCCUGGCUUCUAGCCCACGCUCCGUUCAMUUUUUUUUGUGGUGGGCAAUAAGUAGCUCUGUCCAGGGUCUUGGCUGCYGAUAGGUAYCGGAAAAAGGGAACUUUCUGCCAACGCAGCAACCUGAGAUCCACCUAAACCAGAAGCUAAAGAUGGAAGCCUCUGUGUGCCAAAGGUGUGGAUGAGAGCCUGGCUUCUAGCCCACGCUCCGUUCGUUCUUCUUGCAGAUCGGACGAGGCCUUGAAUAGGGAAACCGGAGCCAGAAGGAGCUCACGAGAAAAGCAUGUGGGGACCACGAAAGUUCAGAGGGCACUGUGUUGAGCUAUAAAGUAUAUUAGUGGGUGUUGUCCCUUACGCUCAAGGCCUCAGUGUGCGCGCCUAUAUAGAUACACACAGGGAGCCGUGUGCUUUCCAUUCUGGGUGCUCGUCGUCGCCACAAAUAGGACCAUUCAGAACAAGGAAUCGGACAGCGAAAGGAUCCAAAAUGAAGACAGUUGGAAAUCAGGAUGGCCAGGAAUCUGGAGGAACCAAGCCAGGGAGAAUGACCCUGACGCUCGCUCUGGUCACAUUCAUUGCUGCCUUUGGAUCCUCUUUCCAGUACGGGUACAACGUUUCGGUGAUCAAUUCCCCAUAUGUGCUCAUGCAAGAUUUUUACAACCAAACCUACAUGGAAAGGAAUGGGAAAUACAUGGAUAGUGACCUAAAGACAGCCCUCUGGUCGAUCACAGUGUCCUUUUUCCCCCUCGGAGGAUUCUUCGGGUCACUGCUGGUGGGGCCAAUGGUGAACAAAUUUGGCAGAAAGGGCACUUUACUGAUCAACAAUAUCUUCUCCAUCAUUCCUGCCAUCCUCAUGGGGAGCGCCAGGGUGGCAAAAACCUUUGAGAUAAUCAUCGUCUGCCGCGUCGUCAUCGGCAUAUGCGCAGGCCUGUCUUCCAACGUUGUGCCCAUGUAUCUUGGGGAGCUGUCCCCCAAAAACUUAAGGGGGGCCUCCGGGGUGGUCCCACAGCUCUUCAUCACCAUCGGGAUCCUGGUCGCCCAGAUCCUGGGGAUGCAGAUGAUCCUGGGGAACUAUGACGCUCUGAAGAAGCUGCGAGGCUGGGACGACGUGGACGAUGAGAUGGAGGAGAUGUUUCAGGAGGACCAGGCGGAGAAAGCCGAGGGGCGGAUGUCCGUGCUCACGCUCUUCACCUACCAAGGACUCCGCUGGCAACUUAUCUCCAUCAUCGUGAUGAUGAUGGGGCAACAGCUCUCCGGAGUCAACGCCAUUUACUACUACGCUGACGAAAUCUACUUGUCCACAGGGUUGAAUAAGUACGAUGUCCAAUUCGUCACCGUCGGGACGGGAGCGGUCAACGUCGUCAUGACAUUCCUUGCGGUUUUUAUCGUCGAGUCUUUGGGCCGGAGGAUUCUGUUGCUGGUUGGUUUCGGGAUCUGCUGCGUGGCGUGUGCCGUUUUGACCAUCGCUCUGAAUCUCAAGUCUAUCUCCUGGAUGUCCUACGUCAGUAUAGCCAGCAUCAUCUCGUACGUCAUUGGACAUGCCAUCGGAGCAAGUCCGAUCCCGAGCGUCAUGAUCAUAGAGAUGUUCCUCCAGUCAUCUCGCCCUGCCGCAUUCAUGGUCGGAGGUUCAGUGCACUGGCUCUCCAAUUUCACUGUUGGGCUGGUCUUCAAUUACAUGAAGCAAGGGCUCGGGGCGUAUUGCUUCCUCAUCUUUUGUGGCAUUUGCUUAGUCACCGACAUUUACAUCUUCUUUGUCGUCCCGGAAACCAAGAACAAAACCUUCAUGGAGAUCAACCAGAUCAUGGCCAAGAGGAACGGCGUCGGCAUCGAGGAGGCCAACAAAGAGGAGCUCGCGGAUUUCACGGACUUCUCUGUGCCGCACGGGAAGAAGGCCGAAGGGGAGAGGAACAGCGCGCUUUGAGGUGGCUCCAUCCCCGCCCAGCAUUGGCCCUCCAACUUUUGCUUUGGUUCGGGAGCACCAGAUGGUGCGUGCCGUCUUCGGAUAUGUUCCCCCAUGUUGUCGAGGGUUUAGGUGUAAAUAAAUCUGUGUUGUUGUG